GGCAAUGAAAAUACAAAAAAAAAUUCUGAAACACAAGUAGAGAAUACUCCAAUUCCGCAACAUAAGAGAAAAUACAAUCUGAAGAAAAAAGCUUUAGAUAUUAGAACUAAAAAAUUUUCGUUGAAUUCAAAUGCUUCUCGUGUAAAAAAAGAACUGAAAUUGUUUCAUUCGCUGAAAAAGAAUAAAAUGAAGCUUCCUAUGUCAGUGCUUCGAGAUUUAUCUGGCAAACCUUUUAGGUUCAACUUGAAAAACACAAAUAAUAUAAAAUCUUCUAAGGCUGUUCUUGCACAUUCAAAGUCAGAAGCAAGCAAAUAUGAUUUGGAUCUCAAAGGUAGCAUUCUCUCAGAUGAUUCUUUAGAUACAUCGGAUAAAGAAACAUUUGAAAUUUCUAAUUUGUUACCUGCCAUUAGUAUUUUAGAAAAGUAUAAUUUUAAGUAUGAAGUUAUGCCAGAAGAAUUGGUAAAAAAUAGUGGUUUAUUUUUUCAAGAUAAGUGUAUGAAUGCAUUCUUUCAAUGUUAUCCUGAAUAUUUGUGUAUUGAUAUAUUAUGUGAGAUUGCUGAUUUGGAAUAUGACUUGUGUUUAUUUAUCAGUGUUGAUGCCAAUGGUCAUUCUGAAAUAAUUGCUAUUGGAUUAAUCAAGUCUUACAACUCACAAGGCCUUAUGUGGUUGUGUGAGGUUUUCAGAAAACAUAAUCCUAGCUGGAGGAAAAUACAGUUUAUUAUGUCGGGCAAAAAUAUUGAUUGUACUGAAACUGUAAAAAAGGCAUUUCCUGAAAAACUUGUAUUUAUUUCCCUGUUCCAUUCUCUAAAAGCAUUCAAAAGAGAUUUAUCCGAUCUGGAAAAAGUGUCAACACAUGAUAUUUCUGAAGCCUUACGGUUAUUUGAACACAUGGUUUAUACUAACACUGAAUUAGAAUAUUCUGACCUAGCAAAACAAAUGAAGCAGCUGCAUCCUUCUGUUGUUAUGCAGUUUAGAAAAAUUUGGCAUCCAAAAAGUGAUUCAUGGGCUUUAGGACUUUUGUUUAAUUCAAAAGCCAUUUUAAAAUCUUUGAAUAGUUUUUUACUUUUCAUUAGAAAUAAAGUGAGACCUCAUGUAAUUAAUCAAGUAUCAAUUACAAGCAUUAUUAAAGCUUUUCAUUCUGCAUUGAGGAAGUUGAGAGAAGACAGAUUCAAAAAAUUUGCUUCUGUAUUUUAUUCUGUACCUACAUUGUUCUGUGGAAAAUCUAAUGCAUGCAUUAAGUAUUCCAAGUAUCUUACUCAGUAUGCAUCAGAGCUUGUGAAUGAACAAUUGAAUCUUCUUGAUGAUGUGAAAAAUUUGAAGAGAAUAUCACCAGGAAAUUCGAAACCUGCUUUCGCUUCCUUUCUUUGUUGA